AUGCCCAAGGCCCUGGCUGAUACACACAGCCCAGCAGCACCUGCCACGCUGGCCCUUGGGGACGUCAUGAGGCAGCACAGCGGGGCCUCUCCGUUCUCCGCAGCCACCAAGGGCCAGGCUGGCUGUGGGGCCACCAAGGACAUGGGGAAGAUGCUUGGGGGUGACGAGGAGAAGGACCCCGAUGCGGCCAAGAAGGAGGAGGAGCGUCAGGAGGCGCUGCGGCAGGAGGAGGAGGAGCGCAAAGCCAAGUACGCCAAGAUGGAGGCCGAGCGCGAGGUCAUGAGGCAGGGCAUCCGCGACAAGUACGGCAUCAAGAAGAAGGAGGAGCGGGAGGCCGAGGCUCGGGCCGCCAUGGAGGCCGACUCGGAGGGCAGCCUGACCAGGCCCAAGAAGGCCAUCCCGCCGGGCUGCGGGGACGAGCCGGAAGAGGAAGAUGAGAGCAUCCUGGACACCGUCAUCAAGUACCUGCCGGGGCCGCUCCAGGACAUGUUCAAGAAGUAA